UGAGAGCGCUGUCGGGAAGCGCCGCCUUGUCCCUUCUGUUUUGCUGCUGGUAUUUUUGCUGCCGGAGGCCCCCCCCCCCAAAGGGGACCGUUCGGGAUUUUAUUUUAUUUUUUCGUCCGGGCCAGAGAGAGAGAGCGGGAGUACGGUGAAAGCUGGACGAACGUUUGGUCACCCGGAGGAAGAGAUACUGGAAAUACCUAGUCAUGCAAUGGCUUUUGAAAACAUAGCAUCCAAAAAGGACUGGUAUAGCAUCUUGGGUGCAGAACCUUCAGAUAGUUUAAAAGAAUUGAAAAGGAAAUAUCAAAGACUAAUAUUGUUGCAUCACCCAGACAAACAGAGCACAGAUGUGCCAGCAGGAGAAGCAGAGGCACGCAUGCAGAGGUUCAUCGAAAUUGAUCAAGCAUGGAAAAUUCUAGGAAAUGAAGAGACAAAAAAAGAGUAUGACCUGCAGCAGCGUGAAUAUGAGUUAGAACAAGGAUGUCCAGUGGAUACUCAGAUUUCACUUGAAGAUAUGACCUGGAAUCACAAUGAUCACUGUUAUUCUUUCACGUGCCGAUGUGGUGGAAAAUACACUGUUUCCAAAAAUGAAGUUGAAGAUGCUUCACUAGUAAACUGUGACACAUGUUCAUUAGUUAUAGAAAUUAUUUGAUGUGCCAUCCAGGAAAUACAUCAAUGCGGCUGGUAUUGUAAAUAGCUGGAAUAGUAAAGAAUAGCUCAAUCUGAAAUGGUUUAAUUCUUGCAUUCCAAAUGGUUGAAUGUGUCUGAAAAUUCUCAGAGAAAAGAUAUAUGAUAAUUUUUAGGCUCUCUAUUUAAUUAAAAAUUACAAAUAAUCCUCAAUCAUGAUACAUUAUUUAUUGAAUAUAAAAAUAUAAAUCACUUUUGAAAGGUUAAAAAAAGAUGACAACAUAAAUCAAUCUUUACAAAUCCUGUGACUGUUGGGACUUGAACGCAGAAACCCAAAAUCCGUCAAAGGCCAAAGCUGCAAAAUAAAAUAAGCAAUUACUUAACAUACCUCUGAGCAUCAGUCAUCCUUUAGCUUUUCUCUAUUUCAACUGAAGUGUUUAAUGCAGUAAACUGAACAUUUUAAACAGGCUAGUAGCACAGAUAAGACUUAUAUAUGCUCUUCACUUAAACUACACUGUUGAAGAAUUUCUGGAGUGAAAUAUGUUUAUUUAAUAAGUAAAAUAUUUGGAAUUAUCUGGAAUGAAUUAUAGUUUGAAUCUCUAGUGCUUCUCUGGAUACAUGUCAUGGCAAAAAUACAUACUCGAUGGUGAUUGAUGAAGAUUUCAGAUGAUAUAUUAAGAUUGUUUAGAAAAUUAGAAUGUUUAUGUUGGUUUAAUAUUCUCAUGUUUUUUCUGUUCAAGCUAAAUAUUUUAAUUGUUAAAGAUAAUGUGCAUAUAUGUAUGACCAAUUCUCAUUACUUUAACAUGUAUAUAUGACUGUUAUGGAGGAUUUGUUUUCUUUCUGCAUACAUCAAAAAAUCAUUGGUACUCAUUAGGCAGACACUCAUCUAAAAGAAAUAGGUGAAUUGUGAAUAAAUAUUAUGCGAUAUGAGAGUUAACCAGCAAACUACAAUUGCAUAAGAAAUUAUACAGAUGGAAUACACCCAGGCUGAGGCAGGAAGCUGAAAUAAUUUUUAAAAAUAUAUCUAUCAUUAAAGUCUUCUGUUUAUGGGAGAAUGGCAUAAAACCAUUUUUAUAAAAUGAUCAAUCACACUAAAAGCAUGUUACACACGCCUGAUAUUGAAGAAGAAAAAGGAAGGCUUCUAUAAGGAAAUACUACAGCCAUUUAUGUUAUUUGACACUGUGAGCAUGUAAAUAUUGAUCUGGAAGAUUUUAUACUUCGAUUUCUGAAAAGCUUUUAGCAAAUCCCUCACUGAGGAUUUCUGAAUCAACUACACAAACAAGGGAGUUCAGGUCCUCUUAGGAAUCAAUAACUGGUUAAAGAAAAGCAGUAGCCAGUAGGAAUAACUGAAGAGAAGCAAGCAGUGGGGCCGCUGAAGGUGUGGAAUGAGUAGUAUUUUAGUACCUGUUGUGGAAGUGAAAAAGCCCGCCCCCUUGUGCAUAAGGCAGGUCACCGAUUUUCUACAUAUCAUAUCAUAUAUAUGCUACCAAGGAAGACAUUAUAAUAUUUGGGAAGCAGGAAGGGAAGCCCUAUUGUGUGAAUUGUUGGAGCCAAAGUAGUAUAUUUAGUAUUGUAUACUUGCUGCAAAAUAAAAAAAAAUGAUGGUUCAACAUA